AUGUUGGAUGUUUCUCUGGCUUGGCUGAAUGAAAUUCUUGCUAAGGUCACGGCUCCUGAUUUACCAAAGGAUGUUCCUGGAUCGGAGGCUCUAAUUUCUCGUCAUAAAGAAUACAAAACUGAGAUUGAUUCAAGAGCAGAUGCAUUUGAAAAAUUCAGUGCUGCUGGCAAUGCUUUGAUUGAUCAAGGACAUUUCAUGGGGGAGGAAAUUGCUGACAAAAUUGCUACUCUGGAAGAGCGCAGAAAAUUGGUAUUGGAUUCAUGGGAGACAAGAUUUGUGAUAUACGAAAGAAACCUCGAUUUGAGAGUAUUCCUAAGAGACACCCAUGUGUUUGAAUCUUGGAUUGAGUCUCGAGAGGGUAUUGUCAAGGAUGACCAAAUGGGAGACUCGAUAAUAGAGGUUGAGGAACUGAUCCGUCGUCAUGAUGACUUCCUUAAAGCCAUAGAUGCACAGAAGGAUAAACUGGAUCCCAUUAAAAGGUUUACCAUGAUUGAAGACGACUUCCAGACCCAGAAGAAACGAGAAGAGGAUGCUAGGAAGGCUGAAAUGGCAAGGAAGGAGCAGGAACGCAUGGAAAAUAUGAAGAGGAAAGAAGUGCAGCGAAUUACAGACGAACGCCGGAGAGAGGAUGAACGGCGCAGGACCCAGGAGAUCAAAUUCACUAAGGAGGACAUGGAACGCGUAAGGCUCUCGAUAAAUGGCGAAUACAACAAGUCACCCGUAACACCUAGAGACCAGGAUCCUCACUCAAGUUCCAGCUCUGAGGCAGCUGAGACAACGAGCACUCCUGAGGUUCACCCAAGGUACCGGAUGCGUUCAAGCUCUCUGGGAGAGGUUCUCAUAAGGAAAACACUCGAGAUACCGGAUGGUGGUGGCCUCCUCAGAUCUGGUUCUCAGACAAGCCUGAGCAGUCUAAAGAGAGGUAACAGUCUGCGUCAAGAGAUGUUCCGAAAGUCUCCCUCUAACAGAGGUGCUGGGCAAAGUGGUCAGAUCAAGGGAAAGAUCCACUCUUCACUUCGUUCACACUUGGAUUAUUAUAUCAAGAGAGCAGAAAGCAUGAAAGUUGACUUGAAGAAGCCGAAGCGCACUCCCAGCUUCACUACCCGAAGAAGAACUCAGAGCUUCCGGAAACAUAAGCGAAUGGAAAACAUGGCCAAUCUGCCCCCCGUUGAACUCCAGGGAUACUUGGAGAGAAAACAAGAACUCCAGAGUGGAGGAAAGAAAGCAACAAUUAGAUCAUGGAAGACAUUUUACACUGUUCUUUGUGGACAGUUGUUGUGCUUCUUCAAAGAUGAGGAGGACUUUUAUGACCAGAAGGCAGCAUCACCACCCAUUUCCAUACAUCAAGCCAAAGUUGAAGUUGCUGAAGAUUACACUAAAAAGAAGCAUGUCUUUAGGAUUAUAACUUCAGACAAUGCAGAGUACUUGCUGCUUGCUGAAUCAGAGGAGAACCUCAGUGAAUGGGUCACAAAACUUGGAUUCCAUGCCCAGCUUCCACCAUCCAUGCAGCUGAUGUCUUAUGACAAUCAUAAGGAAGGGGAUGUGGGCAGCGACAUGGUGGCAGUUCCUUCUCGGGACUCAGAUAACUCGUCAAGUCAGUCUACUCCUGAGGUCCAUCACCGUGGGGUUAUCAGUUCUCAUCCUCAGGGAGCGGGAGGUGGUUUAGAUCCUACAAGGCCUCACUCUCAGGCUCUUGAUAAUCCCCUGUAUGCCAACCUGGAGCAUAUGCAAGAUAAAACUAAACCACCAGUCCCACCACGAGGAAGUACUAAUAGCAAUCGGUCUUCGAGAUCAUCAUUAGGAGAUGAUGGCCCAAUAUACCAGAAUAGGAUCUCUGUUGUUCCAUCUUAUGAAAUAACAGAAAAUACAUACCAGAACUACCCACCUGACAGACCCAAUGGUCAUCGGCGUGAUAUUUCAGAAAACAUGAAUGGUGAUGAACUGCCCCCACUACCCAGUUCAGCCCCACCUAUGGUUAUGGCCCGUCCCCCUGUACCACCUAGUCGGUCAAGAUAUGCCGAACAUUCUUGGGUUGGUGGGUCACACCAGCCUGGCGUGCCUCACCACGGGGGUGGGCCACACUACGGCCAGCAGAUGGGUCAUAUGGUUAGUCAUCACCACCAUCAGAUAGCCCAGCAUCAUACUGGCCAUGUUACGCACCACUUCUCCCAAGUGUCUCGUGCCUCUGCACAUCAACAGUAUGCCUACACUUCACAGGGUUCAAUGCACUACCAAGAUGUUAAUGAUGGUGUACCAGGAAGUCGACAGCCAUAUUCAGAGUAUUCUUCCCGCACCAUGUCUCUGCCCCAGGGUAGUAGCCUCCCUGCCUCUGGUAGUGCUGCUGUCACCAUUAACCCCGGCAGCGGACCCACACCUUCCCACCGCUACUCUGCUACUAUUGAUCGUCAGGGUCUGAGCGAGAGCUCCUCCGAAGGAGACGUUCCAGUUUCUGCUAACAAGAAGGAGAAGGAAAAGAAAGGUUCUGUUUUCAAGUUCUUUGGGCGGAAAAAAGGUGCCCAAGUAUAGUUUUAUUUCUCACCAAAUAUAAAUAAUAUAUAUAUAGAUUUAUAAAUAUAUAUAUAUAAAUAUAAAUAUUUUUUGUAAAGGAAACUUUAAUAUAAAAUGUGUUUUUGUGCCACUUAGAAAUACUGUACUGUAUAAAUUUCAGUGUUCAUAUAUACAUAUAUAUAUAUAUAUUUCCUUUUAUCCAUAAAAAUCUGGCUGUUAUACAUCAUUUAAGAUGUACCUGAAUGGCUCAGCAUAUGCCACUAAAAGGAUUUUUUGUUUCCCAUGAUAACAUACUUGUCUUCCAGUGUUCCUAAGAAGGCAGGUUGUACAGGAAGGCUUUGUAGUUACAUAUUGUAUGUUUUUUAUCACAUUAUCAUGAUCAUAAAAAUUCACUCAUUUGUAUUCUUUUUCUUUGUUAGACUAAUGGCAAUAGCUUUUGUACUUUCGAGCUGAUCUCCUAGAGAGAUUACUGUAAAUUAGAAGAGAAGUUUUGUAUUACAAUGUAAUUUAGAAUUUAUGAAGGCUAGCUAUAUCCUGCUUUUCACUGUAAUGAAAGGUACUGGAAUUACAGUGCUGUAUUAGAUUCUGAAACCCAUCUGUAAGAUAUCAGAAAAUACAAGAAUGUGUUAUCUGUAUAAGUUUAAGAGCAAUUUUGUUUACUGCAUAACCUUCAGUUAGGUAUGAAGGUUUGUCAUUCAGGAAAAAGUUUGUACUAAAUUAGCACAAUGAAAUUAUCGCCAAAGUUUUCAUUACCACAUGCUAUCACAAUAGAGGACCUUAUUUUGAUGAUUAACAGACGUUACACAAGAAAAUAUCUUUGUGAAUUGGUUAAAAAUACUUUUGAGAGUAAAGGAAAGGCCAAUAAAUGUAUGGUAGACCACAAUUUGUAAUACAAGUACUUUGGGGAUGAGUUCAGUCCUAAAACCAAGCUUUAUGACAAGAGAAUUAGUGUCUUAUCAGUGCCUGCUUUCAUGUUGGUCCUGCAAGCUGCAAACAAAACUUGUCAUUAUUUUCCAUUUACACCUGCUAUUGAAUAUAUCUUAGACAUACGUACUUUGAUACUGAAUAUAUCAAAGAAGACUUACUUUGAUAUUUAAACGACUUAUUUUCCACUUUUCACACUUGAUGCUCUGUCUCUUUAUGUAUAUAAUUAUAUAAAUAUUGUUCAAAUCAAAUUAUUUUGUGAUGCAAGUUCUGAAUGGAUGAAGAGAGGAAAUGGUACCGUGUUGCUAUGUGUAAUAUUGCUAAUAAAUUUAUAAUUUAA